UUGUGAUGUUAAACUGGUGCGAUUCGUAGAUAGACGAUCAGGCUCAUUUGAUCCAGUUCAACGAGUAGGUGAGUUGUGAGAGGAACGUAACUGUUUGUUCAUCUGUUUCGAUAGGACACUGUUUUCACUAUCAAAGAUGAUAGACGGUUCACCUGAUAUUCAAAUUGAAGCCAGUUGAAACUACGUCAUUAUGAAUUCGAGCUCGACGACUUCCAUCCAGGAAUAUAUCCAAAAUACAACUAUUAUCAACGACAGCUUCCAAUUGCUGAAUGAAUCUGUUAUGCCGUAUGAAGAUCGCCCAGAAACUUACAUUAUUCCUGUAUUGUUCUUUGUGAUAUUCGUAAUAGGGGUGAUGGGAAAUGGUACAUUGGUGUUUAUAUUUCUGAGACAUAAAAUUAUGAGGAGUGUCCCCAAUAUUUACAUUUUUUCAUUGGCAUUGGCUGAUCUCUUGGUUCUCCUCACUAGUGUUCCUUUCACCUCUAUCGUAUACACCAUGGAAUCCUGGCCAUGGGGCGGACUGAUCUGCAAGAUAUCUGAGACGGCAAAAGAUAUAUCCACAGGCGUAUCUGUUUUCACCCUCACCGCUCUUUCUGCAGAUCGAUUUUUUGCCAUCGCGGAUCCACUGAAGAAGUUCCAUACCGGAGGAGGAAGCAAACGAGCCAAACGGAUAACAAUCUUCGUGGCAUCGUUCAUAUGGUUAUCGUCCAUUAUAUGUGCUUUUCCUGCUGCGGUGGGUUCUCACAUUAAGUACAUACCAUCAGAAGAAAGAGAAGUCUUCCACAUCUGCUACCCUUUUCCCGACAGCUGGUUCGACUACGACUAUCCAAAAAUGGUGAUUAUGGCUAAAUUUUUGAUCUUGUAUGUCGCACCUCUGAUCAUCAUAGGCGUUUUCUAUAUCAGCAUGGCUGUGUCUCUAAUGCGGAGCACGAAGAAUAUACCUGGAGAAAUGAAAGAAUUGCACAGGCAG